GUAUGUGACUGUAAUUUUGUUUUUUAGUUCAUGUUUUUGGCUGCUUUGCUAUGUACGUACAUUUUUAUAUUCAACUACGAAAUGCUAAGUAUUAUCUUUGUGGUGAGAAAAAGGACUGGAAUCCCUUCCUCAUUGAAUGUAUUUUACAAAAAAACGCUAGAGUCAACUGAUGCGAAGCCUUUCAUAGUUAAAAAGGAUGCAAAUGAAGAUGUCAAUAGAGAAGAGAUAAAAGAUCAACCAAUCCACUCUGAUUACCCAACCUAUCACACCUUUGAAGCGAUGCUACACGAUGACACGCAUGCGUCAAACAACAGAGCCUUCCCAGCCAACUCCUCGUGCUCAUAUCAAGGAAUUAGAAAGCCCAUGACAACGAGUUAUUCUAAAACCCUGGUUCCAGAGUGUCGUAGAAGAAAGUCAACUCUUCGUGAUUGCGAAGACGUGAUCAAAUAUUUCGGUCCUCACGGAACAAUGACCCCAGGGAAGUGUGACACUAAAAAAUCCAUUAAAAUAUGUUCCAUAUCUGGUGGGGAAAAUUACAAAAGAGAGCAAGUCCAAGUAUCAUGCAAUGAUAGUCACUGCAGAGGAAAAACAAUUUUACUUGGACUGUUUAAUGAACAGAUAGGAAAAGUUGCAUGGCGCAGAUUGAGUAAUACAGAUGCUUUAGGUGCGCGACUUCAACACCACAUUCUGACCUCAGCCUUUGCGCCUGGGUUUGCAUUGUUAAAAUGCGGGGAAGGUACCCAGGUCUUAAGUUUCCCAAAUAUUUUAAAACGGGCCAAACCUUUUCAAAGGCUGAAGAAGAGAAGACCAUUCAAUAUAAACAUCGUCCUUGAAGACUCGUUAUCUCGCGCGCACUUUUACAGAACUCUGUUAAAAACUGCGUCAACUUUCAGAGAUAUUGUUUAUAAUCAAACAAUUCCGUCGACCCUGCUGGAGUUUGAAAAAGUUCAAGCCUAUGGAUCUACCACGUUUAACAACCUCAAGAGACUUUUCACAGGACAGAAAUACAACCAAGUUAUCAACAACUGCAAAUAUACUGUCGAGGAAUUUAAAGCAAAUGGUAGAAUGUCUAACUGUACAUAUGGAGUCGAAGAGAUGUUUGCUCGAUAUAAAAACGCUGGAUAUAGUACACUGCUUCAAGAGGAUCAUUGUUGGCGCGACGCGUGGGGUUCGUUCAUGGAUCCACGCAGAUUCUUAGACCCAAUUAAGAACAAGAUGGAGCGGCUUAGCAGAUGGAAGGAUUUUGUUCAGCUUGUUCAACUAUCGGGUCGUGGAAAGGUGGUUGAUGAUUAUGGUAUGUCCAUAUUAACUUGUGAUGCGUAUAGAAGGUUAAGAGUGACAAACCCAUUCAGUUCGAAAACUGUUCCAAACGUUUGCUUCGCCGGGAGGUAUUAUGCAUCAUUCUUCUUGGAGUAUGUGAAAAAGUACACAGAGCUCAAUGAUAUGGCCGAUCAGCCGUUCAUAGCGUAUACACAUGUGUUGACAUCACACGAUACUAAUGGAAGACGUAUAGUCAAUGAUGACGAAAGUCUGUCAGAGUUAUUUCGACACGCAGCACAUUUACGAAACACUUUGACGAUCUUUGCCUCAGACCAUGGCUCAAAAGCGACUGAUUUUUCAGCAUAUUCAACACAAGGAAGAGAAGAGGUCUUCCAACCUUUGUUGUUUAUGAUCAUUCCACACGAAGUCAGCAAGUUGCUUGGUUCAGAAGCAAUGAAUGCAUUGGUGCUCAACCAAAAUCGUUUGGUAGGCGUUGAAGAUCUGUACAAUUCAUUGGUCUCGAUUAUAGAACCUCGCGUGAAAAAACAGACGGAAAACGCAGCCUCGAACCCAGAACAUUCCAACCAGGACACUGCAGGUUCUAAUCCGGAACAUUUAGCUGCGUACGCAGGCCCAAUUCCUCAAAUUGCGGAAGAAGACGAAGGACUUGAUGGUCCUCUUAUGAAAUCACAACUGCGAGGUUUGUUUAAACCGGUACCCUUAAACCGCAUUUGCGAGGAAAUGAAAAUACUCCCAAUUGCAUUAUGCCUGUGCGAUGGUAUGGAUAAAACCGUACCGAGCAAUUCUCCAUUGGCUACAUGGGCGGCUGAAUUUUCUGUGGGAACCUUAAAUAACAGAAUUCAGGAACAGUACACAAAGACUAAACUAGGAAGAAUGGCUACGUCAGAAUUCUUUGGUUACGGCGCAUGUCAGCGGUACGUAGCCACGGGUGUGACGAAUGCAAGGCACGUGGUCGUCGGCAUCGACCAAAAACUAUUGUUCACUUUACUGGCAAAACCCAUCGACCGAGAGACUGCGGAAAUUUUUGACAUCGAAUUGACCUUUCCUAUAAAAAAAAACGAACCUGGCCUAACUUUGAGCAACCUGGUCCGUGUGACGCGGUUUAAUGAGUACGAAACGUGCUCGGAUACGGGCGUUGAACCAAAGCUCUGCGCAUGUCAUCCAGACAACACAAACAACACGUUGUGGAGGAAGAGAUUAUUUUCGAAGAUGAUUUCACAAGCAAAAUUCGGUUUGAAACCUCGAACACGUUUCCUUCGAAAACCGUGUCUCCUGGUUGUUUUUUGGGUUAAAUUGCAAAAUAUUGGUGAACGCUGGCCAAGUAAAAUUAGGACUUACGAAGCGAUCAACCGGUGUUCAAAUGUGAAAUACAAUUUAACAAUUUUCUUCAAAGAAGCUCAUACCACUCGGAUUUCAUUAAAAUAUCCUGCAUAUGUUACCCUACUGCCUAAGACAGUCACAUUCCUUUUCACGACUAAAAACGAUCUUAAAAAUGACCAAACUAUACCAGUAUUUAGGUACAUGAAGAGUAUUUUAACGCACUGAUAGGACACACGAAUUGAGGUUAAUAAGUUUACGGCACCAUUGCAAGUAUAUAAUACAUAGCAAUCAUCGCAACUCUAGUUUACACAAUGAAAGUAACUAUCACCCAGAUUAUAUAUACAUUAACGAAUGUUAUAUUAUUUUUAUUCAACGAUAUUAAAUGUCAUAUUA